CUUACAUCAGCGCUAAAGGUUUCGGGAAAAGAAGUAUUCGGACAGCACUUAUUUUCACUUUAUCUCGUUUCACAAAGAAGUGGCCUUUCCGGCGAAAGUCUUUGUACUAAGCUUGACGUCUGUGGAUUGCUUUCAAAGUUGUCGAGCUCAUUUAACACCAUUUCAGUCCAACACAUUCAACCUUGCGUCACAAGAAUGUCGGACAUACCGGCGACUCGGCUGGCUCAACCAUAUCCUGGACCAUCACUUCCCAGUCCAACGCAUAUUCGUCUCGUCCACUUGCAGCCCGGAAUCGACGAAGCUAUUCACUGCGAGCUAAUAACAGCAUCUAUUGAGUCCUCACCUAAUUACGAGGCUUUAUCAUACACAUGGGGAGAUCCCUCCAGUUCAGAAACCAUCAACAUGGCCACGCAGGGCUCCGAAACCACCCAACAAUUCUCAGUGACAUCUAACUGCUUCUCCGCACUGAAACGCCUCCGGUAUAAAAACAAGCCCAGGGUUCUUUGGAUUGACGCCCUGGCUAUCGAUCAAACGAAUAUCGACGAGAGAAAUCACCAAGUCAGUCUCAUGUCGAGGAUAUACUCUCAAGCUGCGGGUGUAGUCGUUUAUCUCGGCGAAUCUGCAGAUAACAGCGACUUGGCCAUCGAAUUCAUCAUGGAGUGCUAUGAUCCAUCUCCCAAUACUACAUCUUUAAGUUUUCCCAAGUCAGAUACUUUGAUGGAUGCACUUCGGAAUUUCUUUCUUCGACCUUGGUUCACCAGGGUUUGGGUGAUUCAAGAAGUCUUCCUAUCGACCGAGAAGAUUAUAUACUGUGGAAACAAAGACCUGUCAUGGUCUGCGAUGGAGAACUUCAAGCAUUACCUCGCCAACACGAGAUUGCUGUUCCGACUGCCAUACGUGGUUUCAACGUCAAACAGACGCUAUAAAUAUGAGUCUAGAGAGGAAUUAUUGUUGAAGGCUCUUCUUGAUUCGAGACACUGCGAAGCAACCGAUCCGCGCGAUAAAGUCUACAGCCUACUACCGAUCCUUCAGUCAUCUAACAAGUCACUGGGCCUGACUCCAAAGUACCAGGACAUGCGAGACAAAGUCUACACAGAUUGUGCUCUCUAUCUGUUGCCAAAUUGCGGCUGGAACCUUCUGUAUGCAGUGCAAGGCCAAUCAAGUACAGAGCACCUACCGUCUUGGGUUCCAGAUUGGAACGUUCCGCCUCAGCGAUAUAUUCUCGGUACAGCUCCUUGGAUGGAAAUGAGCUCCUUUUGGACCGACAAGGUACUCCCAGGCAUUCCGGAUAAUCCUCAAAUAAUGAUGCGCAGCAUGGAUGAGGGGCAAAUACCAGUGUUACAAGGGUACGGAUAUCCAUGUGGAAGGAUCUUGAACAUGGGAUCAACUUACAUCGCUGGACAAACACCAUUUCCCGCUAAGGAGUGGUAUAAUCUCGUCAACAAGAUUGAUCCAUCAAUACGAGCUCAAAACUCUGGAUCUGGUUCACCUGGCGCAAAGUUCCUUCGUAGGGCAGACUCUCUUUCCAAAUUCCUUGGACUUGCUCGUUACUUGUAUUCAUCAAGUAUGCAGGAGAAAGAAGAAGAUCCUGCCGAUGACCUGCCGAACCCAGACUUUGUCAUCGCAGGCUCACGCAGCUCUUACCAAGAAUACAAGUUUGGUUCGAAAUGGGAAGAUACAAUACGGAGAUUGGCUGCUGAGAGGAAACAUGGUGUACUGUCAUUCAGGGAUAUCCCGUUUCAAUAUGCUGCGGCGGGUUGGCCACUGAGUUACGCCAAUACCAUAAGCGGGAAUUUGGAGGCUUGUCAUUUGCGUCGGUGCUUUGUUACUGAUGCAGGGUACUUUGGACUUGCACCUGUGGAAGCGGAGAUUGGGGAUCAGUUAUUCAUAUGUGUUGGUGCUUCGGUUCCGUUCGUGCUGAGGGAUACUGGGGGUAGUGGAGGUAAUGAGUUUCACUUGAUUGGGGAGAGCUAUCUACAAGUCGGCGGGUGGUAUGGCAUGGUCAACAAUGAGAGUCAACCUCAACCUUUGUACAUCAUAUAAUUCUAGCAAGCUUUAUCUACAUAUCAAGAUUCAAUCCUGGUAAAGAACUCCUGCUCAUCAUCCUUCCUCUCAACAACCGCCCUCCUCACAAGAUCAUCCGCAACAGCUAAUCUCAGCUUCUCCGCCGUACAUGGAGCAUCCAGGACCAAAGGCUCAGUA